UUCUUGCUUCGGUGCACAGCAUAGAACCAUGUCUGGAAGAAGGGUGCCGGCGAACGAAGAUCUGUCGAACGUAGAGUUCGAAACGAGCGAAGAAGUCGAGGUGCUGCCGACGUUCAACUCAAUGGGGCUCCGGGAAGAGCUACUGCGGGGUAUUUACGCGUAUGGAUUCGAGAAGCCUUCCGCCAUCCAGCAAAGAAGUAUUCAACCGAUCGUAAAGGGUCGCGAUGUUAUCGCACAGGCACAGUCUGGUACGGGCAAAACGGCAACAUUUUCCAUAUCCAUACUGCAGUCGAUGGACACUACGCUGCGAGAGACGCAGGUGCUCUGUCUGUCGCCAACGCGUGAAUUGGCUGUACAGAUUCAGAAAGUAAUUCUGGCGCUUGGAGAUUUCAUGAACGUUCAGUGUCACGCCUGUAUCGGUGGUACCAAUUUGGGAGAGGACAUUCGCAAACUGGAUUACGGCCAGCACGUCGUUAGUGGUACGCCAGGCCGUGUGUUCGAUAUGAUCAAGCGUCGCGUUCUGCGCACACGUUCCAUCAAGAUGCUGGUGCUGGACGAAGCAGACGAAAUGUUGAACAAAGGUUUUAAGGAGCAGAUCUACGACGUCUACCGGUACUUGCCGCCGGCCACACAGGUGGUGCUGAUUUCCGCCACACUGCCGCACGAAAUACUCGAAAUGACUUUGAAGUUCAUGACAGACCCGAUCCGCAUUCUGGUGAAACGCGAUGAAUUGACGCUGGAAGGCAUCAAGCAGUUCUUCGUGGCGGUUGAGCGAGAGGAGUGGAAGUUCGAUACACUGUGCGAUCUGUACGAUACGCUUACUAUCACGCAGGCAGUCAUUUUCUGCAACACCCGACGUAAGGUGGACUGGCUGACUGAGAAGAUGCGGGAGGCUAACUUUACAGUCAGCUCGAUGCACGGUGACAUGCCGCAGAAGGAGCGUGACGAAAUCAUGAAAGAGUUCCGCUCCGGACAGAGCCGUGUACUGAUCACGACCGAUGUGUGGGCGCGCGGUAUCGACGUGCAGCAGGUGUCGCUGGUCAUUAACUACGAUUUGCCGAACAACCGUGAGCUGUACAUUCACCGUAUUGGUCGUUCGGGCCGUUUCGGACGUAAGGGUGUCGCUAUUAACUUUGUGAAAUCGGACGAUAUCAGAAUUUUGCGAGAUAUUGAACAGUACUACUCCACACAGAUCGAUGAAAUGCCUAUGAACGUGGCAGAUCUUAUUUAA